AUUUAUGUCAUCCAUGGAUAUAUUUUCAAUCGGUACAGAUUGAUUCAGAGUUUGUCAUGGAUUCAUCCAAAAAUAGAAAUGUACUGAUAUAAAACUUCAAAAUGCAAUAUUGUCGUCGAUGACGUCACGGGAGAACCCGCCAUCUUGUGAAAUACAAGAUUCUUAUCGAGUUUUUAUUCAUCCAGAUUUAUCAAGAUUUCACCUACGAAAAGGACGAUUUCACCACUCAAUGAAAACGAACGUUUUGUUUUUUGGACAAGCCGGUGUAACAUUUAUGGAGUUCCUGAGGAACAGUGGGGAGUACUGCCAGGCCCAACACGAGUGAACACUCACCUGAUUGCCCCGUCCUUGCGACAAGUCACACCUCAUACCAUACUCACCUAGCGCUUGAUACACGACUCAAGGGCUUAUUAGGCAAUUUACACAGAAAUCGAAUGGGGUAAACUCACUGAACUUUCGUAUUGUUUCUCUGAGGGAGGGGGAGAGGAUUAUCCACCACAUUAGGGGACACAGCUACUGCUGGGGAGAUAUCGCUGCUCUGGAACCCUGGGUAGGGACCUCACUUGCAGUUCACUGGUGCCAAGCCAUACAUACACUGCUGACACCUAUUUGGAGUAUUGUGAAUCAAUAGGGAAUUAUUGUCUCAAUACAUACAUCGGCCAUAAUAUUCUAGUCUUGUUUGUCAUAUACAGAGCAUGACAAAUAUGAAGAACCGUAAACCAGAACCAGCUGAGAUAGAGUUUAAGAACAUGCGAUUCCUUAUCACUGAUAGACCUAGUGACUCUAACAUGGACAAGUACAUUGAGGAGCUAAAGAAACAUCAUGCUCAAGAUGUUGUACGAGUCUGUGAACCAACCUACAAAGUAGAAAAACUGGAAAGAGAAGGAAUUCGCGUCUUGGACUGGGCAUUUGAUGAUGGUAACCCACCACCCCUUGAAGUCAUGGAUGACUGGUUCAACCUUCUUAAGACCCGCUUCAAAGAUGAGCCAGGAUGUUGCGUGGCUGUACACUGUGUAGCGGGAUUAGGAAGAGCACCAGUGUUGGUUGCUAUAGCUUUAAUAGAAGCAGGGAUGAAGUAUGAAGAUGCUGUUGAACUGAUUCGAAGAAAGCGUCGUGGUGCAAUCAAUGCCAAACAACUGGAUUUUCUAUCCAAAUAUCGGCCCAAAUCUCGACUAAAGAUCAAGAAUGGCAACGGAAAAGGCUGCACAAUCAUGUAACAAUUGUAAUUAUGUGGAAAUAAUACAGAAUAUUCAAAAGGAGUAUAAGACAUAUUACUACAAAUGCCUUACUGUAUCUAAACCUACCUUUCAAAUGAUGUAUAUUCAUUUUCUAUCGAGCUUCAAAUGGGAUUUUCUGUGAAAAGUGUGCAUUUUGUAAAUCCGGUCACUUUGAUAUCUGAUGUGCCUACAUCCAUGUUAUUUGGCUGGGAGAACAUCAUUUGAUUUAUGAAUCUACAAAACCAAGGAAGGUUUAUAUCUAUGUACACUCCCCUAAAAAAGUUUGGCAACUGAAAAUCCCCAUUUUGACAAUGUGUUAAUGCCUGUUAAAGUUGAUUUUAAUUCAUCAGAUUUGUUCAUAAAUUUCUGAUCUUUUGUAAUUAAUUGAAUAAAAGAUAUUUAAACAGAACAAGAUUUA